GAGGACAACCACAGCUACUACGUGUCACGGAUCUACGGGCCGGGGGACGCCCGUCUGAGGGGGCUGUGGGUCGACAUGGCAGCAGCCAACAAGAGCCAAGUGAAGAUCCACGGGAUCCUCUCCAACACGCACCGACAAGCCUCGAGAAUCGUCCUCUCCUUUGACUUCCCCUUCUACGGCCACCUCCUGCGGCAGGUCACGAUAGCGACGGGCGGUUUUCUCUUCAUGGGGGACGUCAUCCACCGGAUGCUCACGGCCACGCAGUACAUCGCACCCCUCAUGGCCAACUUCAACCCCAGCUACUCCCGCAACUCCACCGUCCAGUACUUGGACAAUGGGACGGUUUUUGUGGUGCAGUGGGACAAGGUCUAUCUUCAGGGGAAGGAGGACAUGGGCAGCUUCACCUUCCAGGCAGCCCUGCACAGCACCGGGAGAAUUGUCUUUGGGUACAAGGAGAUCCCCGUGCCAGUCCUACAGAUCAGUGCCACCCAGCACCCCGUGAAAGCUGGCCUCUCUGAUGCCUUCAUGAUCCUCAACCCAUCUCCUGAUGUGCCUG